AUGCUGCUCAUUUAUCCUCGCAUCUUCCCUCUCACUAUUGGAUCUCUCUCCCUGCAAGGUGAAUCUCUCUCGCUUCAUCCUUUCACAGCCGUUAGCUCGCUUCUCUUUCACUUUAAUUCCUGUUUUCAAUUUUCCUGCUGCGAAUGUGUUCUUAUAUCUAUUGAAUGUGGUUUUUUCUCUUUUGUUUCCAUCUACCUCAUCUCAUCUGGUAUCGGAUUCUGGAAAACCGCGGAGGAGAUCGUUGGUCCCGUCGAUAAAGCAAAGGCUAGGGCGAGGAAACAGAGAGAGUUAGAGAAGUCGAAGAAAGCUUUAGAGAGAGAUUGGAGAUUAAACGAAGAUAGUUCAAAAAUCGCUGGAGCCAAUGCUGCAUCAACCGUGAGAUCGGAACCAAGGUUGCUGUUGCUCAACGUCUCAAAGAAGCCUUUGAAUCUUCGGCGAGAAUCUUCCAGAUCCUGCCGUGAACCUCCGCAAAAUCUCUCGCCUGUUUUCAUAAUUGCUCCAAAGGUGGAGAGGGAAGCGAGUGAGUUGAGUGGAACAGUGAGGAAGAGAAUGGAGUUUCUUGACUUCGACUAA